GGUCGUUGCCGUCGGAGGUGUGCUCUGGGUUUGCAUCGCCGUCGCUGCCGUCAGGUCCCUGCACACCCGCCUUGGCCCUGGCCCAGCCGCUCUCCCUGCCCUCCUUCCCUUAACCACCCCACGGUUUCUGCCGUCGGGGCACAGGGGCCGGGCUAAUGAUGCCGUCGGAGAGCGGAGCUGAGAACUCGGACCGGGCGGCUGCGCAAGUGGAGACAGCUGCGGCCUCGGCGGUGGCCACGGCCGCCCCGGCAGCCGGCGCCCCCGACCCAGAGACCUCGUCGGCCUCCCCUGGACGGCACCUAAGUAGGCUGAGCUGGCCACAGGUGAAGCGGCUGGACGCGCUCCUGAGCGAGCCGAUUCCCAUUCACGGGCGUGGCAACUUCCCCACGCUGAGCGUGCAGCCCCGGCAGAUCGUGCAGGUCGUCCGCCGCAGCCUGGAGGAACAGGGACUGUGUGUGCACGGUGUGCGGCUGCACGGCUCAGCCGCCAGCCACGUGCUGCAUCCGGAAAGUGGCCUGGGCUACAAGGACCUGGACUUGGUGUUCCGCGUGGACCUGCGCAGCGAGGCGUCCUUCCAGCUGACCAAGGAGGUGGUGCUGGCCUGCCUGCUGGACUUCCUGCCAGCCGGUGUGAGCCGGGCCAAGAUCACGCCACUGACACUCAAGGAGGCGUAUGUGCAGAAGCUGGUGAAAGUGUGCACGGACACGGACCGCUGGAGCCUCAUCUCGUUGUCCAACAAGAGUGGCAAGAACGUGGAGCUCAAGUUUGUGGACUCAGUCAGGCGCCAGUUCGAGUUCAGUGUAGACUCCUUCCAGAUCAUCCUGGACUCCCUGCUGCUCUUUGGCCAGUGCUCAUCCACGCCCAUGUCUGAGGCCUUCCACCCAACCGUGACAGGUGAGAGCCUGUACGGGGACUUCGCAGAUGCCCUGGACCACCUGCGACACCGUGUCAUCGCCACGCGCAGCCCCGAGGAGAUCCGCGGUGGUGGCCUCCUCAAGUACUGCCACCUCCUGGUGCGGGGCUUCCGGCCGCAGCCCAGCACUGAUGUGCGUGCCCUGCAACGUUACAUGUGCUCUCGCUUCUUCAUCGACUUCCCAGACCUCGUGGAGCAGCAGCGCACACUGGAGCGCUACCUGGAGGCCCACUUCAGCGGGGCCGACUCAGCUCGCCGCUACGCCUGUCUGGUGAUGCUGCACCGGGUAGUCAACGAGAGCACCGUGUGCCUCAUGAGCCACGAGCGCCGUCAGACACUGGACCUCAUCGCCACGCUGGCGCUCCAGGCGCUGGCCGAGCAGGGCCCAGCUGCUGCAGCCGCCCUGGCCUGGCGCCCUCCAGGCCCCGACGGGAUUGUGCCUGCCACUGUCAAUUACUAUGUCACCCCCAUGCAGCCUCUGCUGGCCCGGGCCCAUUCCUCUUAUCCCACCUGGCUGCCUUGUAACUGACUCAGACGUUGGCCAGAAGGGAUGGGGCCUCCCUGGAUGGAGUGGGGCCUCCAGGAGUGUGCGGAAGACAUGACCAGAGACAGGCAGCCUGUGCCAGCUGGCCCAACACUGCUGCAGGGUUGAGCCUUCGACUGAACAGACCAGACUCCCCCAGGUGAGGCCCCUGUGGGCUCAAAGCCAAGCUGGAGUUCUUGGCAGACAGACCCUUUGGUUAUUGUACCACACUUUGGGACCAGCAUGAUUGUGGGGUGCAAGGGCUGUUUGUCUUGAGGGUCAAUUGCCUUCAGGAGACAAAGCAUGUUUGGGGUGGUAGCCUCAAUGCCCAUCAUCUUGGGUUGAUUUCUGUGGCCUAGAAAGGGUCUUCUCGGCUAGGGCCAGCCUGCAGUGAUCCCAACAGACUCCAAAAGCCUGCAGCCCACACAAUGGCUAAAAUAUGGUAUUAUGGGAACUACUCACUUUGGGUGGGGCUGGGCCACUAACAGGGCCCGGUGGUCCAACCUUGCUAAUCACUGGGAGGAGGGAAACUGAGGCAUGAGGCAGAUACCUGGGUUUGGAGAGGGAUAGGUUUAGCCCACUGCCCUAAUACCCCUGCCCCGAGCUGUCAAGGUGUGUGGUGGGCAAGAGCCAAGUGGCCUGGGGUGGGACACAGCUCAUGCCCCUUCUGGGGUGUGGCUCCCUUCCCCCGUGUUGUGAGGACCCCUCCUGCCUGGGAGCUUGUUCUUUGGAGGGUGCUGGGCUCAAAGUGGCCACGGUCAAGUGCUCCCACCCCACUGGCCUGGUUACAGGGUCCCCCCCUUGGGAGAGGGGAGCUAUGCCCUGGUCCUUUCCCAUCCCUCUGGAUUUGUUAUUAUUUUGCACUCUUAACACCUGCUAAUAAAGAUUGUCUACACUGA